UUUGUCACAAGAGUUCAAUAUGGCGGACUUCGUUGACUUCGCAAAAAUACUCGCUAGAAUAUUACUAUCAAUUUGCCAACUCUAACACAAGAUGGAGCAGGAAUUUAGAAAGCUUUUGGAGUGCAAUCGUGGUAAAUUCAGUGCCGCUGUGGCCGCAGAGAGACUUCUSUCUCCGCUGUCGAUCAGUCAAGUUUUGACUGCUGAAGACUUACAAACUAUUCAAAAUGAACCACAGACGAAGCGCAUUGAUAAACUGCUUGAUACUUUACUCAAUCUUGAUUAUAAUUCCUUCAAGAAGUUCUGUGUUGUUCUUGAGACGACAUAUCCCUACAUGUUGAAUUGUAUGUUCUUGGGAAUCGAUCCACCAGCAUCAGCUAAAACCAGGCUUGAAAAGGACAAACAGAAAAAAGUUGUGGAAAAAGAUUUCGACGGCAAUUCAACUCGGUACAUACAAUGUGGGACAAGGCGUGUCAAUGUGGGACGCAGCACCAGUAUGACAGGUCAUGAAUUCUACCGWGAYAGAUACUCUUUACUGAAGAAUGAACUCAAAUCUGUCAAAUGGGACUUGGAACAAGUGAAAUCAGAAYUACAAAGGACUGAAAAAGAAAGAGACACAGCAUGUCACCAAUUGGCUGAACUUUCGGGUCAAAAAUGUGUUGAAGAUAUUGAAAACAACUCWUGYUGUGACAGCUUUGAUGAUAAGAGUGAUUACGAAAGAUUAAAGCACGARUAUGUUAAUGUACUAACAGAGCUGCAAAUCCUACGUCAGCAAAACUCUGAUAUCAAUGAAAAACACAGUAUUGCAAACCAAGAGGCUGAUUAUUUUCGYAGGCAACACAAAGCUGUCUUAAACAAGUGUGAUAUGCUUGUUAGAGAAGCUCAAGGUUUACACCGUAAACUAGAAGAGAGCAUUCGAGAACAGGAUAAAAUAAAGCAGGAUUAUGAGGAAAUCGUUCUCCUUAGGGAAAGAGAGAAGUUUGAAAUGAAAGACAGGCAUGUUGAGCUAUUGUCAUUAGACAGGCAUGGAUCUGGUGAUGAAGGCUUUGCUGUGGAAAAGUGUGAGAGUCUUCARAAAGAUUACUCUGAACUUCAAGAAACACAUAGGCAACUUCGAGCCGAGUACAACCACAUUUUCAAUCGUCUGCAGUCUCUAGAAGUAGAUUUCCAUACUGUAAAAGAACAAUUCAACUCUUUGAUCAAAGAGAGAGAUGAUUUGACUGCAGAAUUGGCAGAAACCAAGCAGAAAAAUGAGACAGUUUCUAAAAAUGUAGAUAAAAUUGCAAGAGAACAUGACAAUGCAGUAAAAAAUCUCAAACAGGUUCAGCAGGAAAGAGAUACAGCUUUAAAAGACUGUGACAAAAUCAUGAACUUACAGAUUAAAACUGCUAGAGAACUUGCAAAAGUCAAUGAAGAAAGAAAAGCAGUUGUUAAUGAGUACAAACUAGUUAUGAGUGAACGAGAUAGUGUUCAUAGAGAAACUGAGAAAAUUCAAGAUCGUUUACACUCCUUACAGGAAACCAACCAAUAUCUYAUUGAUGAAAAAGACAAGUUACACAACCACAAAAACACCUUACAAGAUGAAGUGAACUUGUUUUCUUCAGAGAAUGAUAAACUAUUAGGAGAAGUUUAUCUUYUGCAAACAAAAUGCAGUUCAUGGCAACAAGAAUACAAAACUAUGCUAUUAGCAAGAGACAAAGCAAUGGACGACACAGAAAUGUUGAAGCAAGAGAGAGAUGCUGCUAGRCGAGAGAGAAGCGAAGCUAUAAUACACAGGGAUAAGAUACUWAAAGAAUGCUUCAAAGUUAAGCAAAAGCAAGAUCUUGUAUUGAAGGGAGAGGCUAAAGAAAAUGAUGCUCUUCGGAAACAGUUCCAAAUUUUAUCCAAGGAACUCACWGCAGCWCUUCAYGAGGCUGAUGUAUCCAAGCAACGGUGUGAAUGGGCUUUAUUGGAGCGAGAUAAGGCCAUAAAUGAACAAAAGCGAUUAUGGAGUACCCAUAAGGCCUUGCAGGAUGAYUAUAACCAGGUKUUAAGUGACACUAAYGACAUGUUGAAUGAAUCUGAUCAAAUACGAUCACARCAUAAUGAGAAUGUGAUGGAAUUGAUUGAUUUGAAGCAUCGUAUACAAUCUACAUUGAGUGCCAAAGGUUCAGAGGUGGAGCUAUUAUCCAGUAGAGACUCAGCUAUUGACACUGAUUCAAUGGAAUGGGAGACAGAAUCUGUAGUAAUUGAGAAGACAAACAGUGAUCUUGGUAUUAUUAUCGGCGGUGGUAAGGACACUCCUCUUAUCCCAAAUGAUUCCUCUAUUGUGGUCACUGAUGUCACUAAAGGAAGUAUUGCAGAUGGAAAGCUAAGGGUUAAUGACUGUUUACUCAAAGUGAAUGAUCUUGACUUGACAAAUGUUGAAUACAAKACUGCAGUACAGGCUAUAUCCAAAAGCAGCGUCAUCAAUUUGACUGUCCGCAGACGUCGUUCUACAAGUGUGAAAUCAAUAAGUCACGCUGURCGCUUGACUCUCUCUGGUGGAAAUGAGCUUGGUAUUGAAGUUGACGAGUCUAAGUUCAUCAGGUUUAUAAACCCUGGUAGCGUUGCAGCACAACAUCCAAUGCUUUGUGUAGGAGACAGAAUCCUAACAAUAAAUGGAGUGUCAGUUGAAAAUCUAUCCCAAGAAGAAACAGAAAAGCUAUUGUCUACAAGCACAGUCAGUUUAGCAGUACAGAAACCUAAAUCAAUAACACAAACCAAUGCACUGCAAGCACUUCUGCAAGAAGUGAACAGUAAGAUCAGCAAUGAUGGUGAUGUCUACCAGCAUGCCUACUCGCACAGAAAGAAACUUCUUUCAAUGGAUACUUGUAAUGAAGUCUAUGAACAACAAUCUCAGAGACAAAAGGGACUUUACUCUGGAUGGAGUUCCCCAAGUGUUGAAGAACCUACUUCUUCACCUGAUUCUGUCACUGAAGCUUUACUAAAUUCAUCGCCAUCACUACAGCCCUUCUAUGAUGACAGAAGGGAGAAGACCACAGGGACGCAAACUGAUUCUAGUGAAGCAUCAAUAGAUGGAGAAAUCCAUGCUUCUGGUACUGAUAACCAGUCAUCUCAGGUUAAUCAAGAGUUUAGUAGACGUACAGCAAGAGAACACAGUCCACCCGUUACAACACACUCACCGCAAUCACAGUAUUCAUCACAAGAAAAGCCAUUACCGCCGCCACGCAGCUGUUCUUUUAUGACUGCAUUGAUGUCUAGUGCCCCAGAGCCUCAGACUGGAACAAGUCAGUAUCACUUCACAGAAGGAAGACAGUCUUCAACAACCAAGGGAGUAUAUUCUACAUUUGUAGACGAGUACCCUAAUGAACAGGGUUAUAAUAACCAACCAGUACGUGGUAUGAGACCACAGUCUGCACCGGCAGCGAGACAACAGCAUUUACCAUACACAAGUCAUUUGGACCCCUUGGCUCUCACAAUGCCCAAACAACACCCCUCUAGUGUACCAGCCUCUGUYGCAGUGCUUAAAUCUCGUACRACUGUUCCAUUCUACACAGCAACAAGUUAUGUAAUYCCACGCUACAACACUCCUCCUCCAGAAACUCAGCAAUGUCUCCCAGUUCAYUGCGCCAACACAGGAAGACUCRGYAGCACAACAGAAUCUAAUGUAUCCAUACAACAUGCAAGACAAGGYUCGUCACAUAGUGCUGAUGAGUUUGAACURCRGCACCAUCGACAACAAAGCUACGAUACCUACCACGGACCUAGAAAAUCAAGCAGGCUGACAAAUCGUAUGUCACUGGCAGGCUUCCAGUUUAGUUCUCAGCCAUGUUUUCCUUCAGGGAUUUCUGGYAGUUCUGUUGGCUCUGCAAGYUCAAUUUCUUCAGGWCAAGUGACUCCWYUGCGUACYCCAUCAACACCUAUUGUACCUGUUUUAGAGAAUGAGGUUUUGGCAUUCUCAUUUAGCAAUCAUGUCCCUAUGAGUGCAACCUCUGAUAACAGAGAUGCUGAGCCCCGUUUGGUACACAUUGAAAAGAAAGAUACUCUUGGAAUCUCAAUUGCUCCUGGAAACAAUGGAGGAAUUUAUGUUUGUUCAGUUAGCGCAGGAAGUGUGGCUGAAAAAGCUGGUCUUAAAUACGGUGACCAACUGUUAGAAUACAACGGUGUUAAUUUGAGAUGUGCCAAUUACGAUCAAGCUGCAAAAAUMCUCAAAGAAUCUGGAAACAGUGUUACUAUCUUGGCACAAUUUAAUCCCCAGCGGGCCCUAGAGGGGGAAUUUGAUAUUGGUAACUCUAGUAUUUCAGAGUCAAGCACAGCGUGUAGUACUCCAGUAAACCGAAGGAAAGUGAAGAGAGAUGAUAGCACAAUCACUCCACCAUUGCCUAAAGAUGAGAAGGUUGUACCGCUUAGUGACGUUGAAACUCUUGGUGACAUACGUAUUGUAUAUCUCAAUCAUACAUCUACCAGUCUUGGAUUUAAAAUCAUUGGAGGAAAUGCAACUGGAAUUUUUGUUGCUGAAGUUGAUCCUAYRAGUGAYGUUGCUCAAAUAUUGAACAUUGGAGACCAGAUUCUUGAGGUACAAAUGUUUAUUUAYAAUGGUCAUGACAUGCUKUCYUGUACUGCUGAACAAGCACUCCUUGAGUUCUGCAAACCAACCAGACCUGUUAAAGCUCUUGUUCAAUACAAYCCUUCMAUUUCAGAGUUCAAUUCMAUUAAAGACCAACCUGGUGAUUCAUUUUAUGUCAGAUGUCUUUACGAUCACCUGUCCCACUCCAAGGAGGAGCUAAGCUUUAAGAAGGGAGAUAUAUUAUACAUUACAGAUACUAUMUACCAAGGCUUUAUAGGUUACUGGAAAGCAUGUCUUGUUUGUCCAGAUGAUGCRCAACGAAGGGAUAAUGGCAUAGUCCCAAGCAGAAUGAAGGCUGAGCAAGAAAUCCUYCUUCAUMGAAGUCUAGCAGCUGUUCAUGGCGAUGACCACAGGCUGUCAGGAAGACGUAGUUUGUUCAGAAGGAGCAAGAAGAGCUCACACAGCCUCAUCAUCAGUCACUCAAGAGAAGGAAGUGAUUCAGCAACAAGCAUUACCUCUGCAACAGAGCUGGGCUUGGUUUCUUACCAAAUUGUGGAGAAACUUGAUUCUCAUAUUGCAAGGCCUGUAGUUAUCUUUGGUCCUUUUGCUGAAAUAAUUUGUGAAAAACUGGCUUCUGAUUUCCCCUAUAACUUUGUCUACUGUAAACCAGAACUGCUUAAUCUUUCACUUGAGAAGGCUGAUAAGUGUGUAGCAGAAGGAACCCUUGUGGAUUAUACUUGGGUAGGAGGGCAUUUAUCCUGUACAUUGUUGUCUUCAAUACAAACAAUAACAGAUAAGCAUCCACUCAUUGUAAUGAAUCCUGUAGCAAUUGAAAGAUUACAUGCCCUUCAGGUGUACCCCAUCGUACUGUUCAUCAAAUUCAAGUCUUACAAGUCUCUCAAAGAGAUAAAAGAUUCAAAGUAUUUCCAAGAGAGAAUAACAAGCAAAGAUGCAAAGGAAAUGUUUGAAUCAGCACAGAAAAUCGAGAAGGAAUAUAAAUCAAUAUUUAAUGGUGUCAUCCAUGGGCACUCGUUAACCAGUAUAUGUUCGGCUGUACAAGAAUGUACCACUGACCAACAGAAGAAAACAAUAUGGGUCCCUUUGACGUCUGUCUAGGUUGACCUUCUGUUGACUGAUUACUAAUGUUCUGUUGAGCAAGAGUUCAGAGAACAACCUACAGAAGAAAGCAAUAAAGGGUCCCUUUGACGUCUGUUUAGCUUGGCCUACAGUAGAUUGAUAUAGUUUUGUAUUAUAGUUAUUGUAAAUAACGUUUGCCAUAGUGCUUUCUUACAAACCUUUUAUAAACUAAGUACACUAGGGUG